GAGAGUGUGUGUGUAAAGUUUAUGAGUGCGUUUUCUGCCAUUCUCUGAGAGUGGGAGAGCGAGAGAGAGAGAGAGAGAGCGAGAGAAAGAGUGCUGGAGAAUCUGGUCACUAGAGUCUACCAGGCGCAGCCGAUGCCACAUCGACUCGCGAUACGAAACCGUCAAGACCAUCGGCAGUUUUUAAGCCGCGAUCGCGCAAGACACGCAGCCAGUGAACGAGCAGGCAGGACGAGAGAAGCGAAGAGACAGAAAUUCGCGAAGAGUUUGAAUCGAGUGAAAGGAAAGUGUUAUAAUUGAGAGAGAAAGGAAUUUACUGAGAUUUCGAAGAUCGUUAUGCUUCCUUGUGAAUCUUUUUUAGUUUGUUGAUGUUAUUUAUAUUAUCGUUUUUCGUUCGUUUACUCUAUUUAUUUGAAAUUUAACUUACCCGUUUACACGAGUGAUGAUCUGGUAUUGUAUUUGAUUCGUGCGUUUAUUAUAUUUUUAUCUGUUCGGAUCGCCGUGCUACGCGUGGAAGAGUAAUUCGAGCGUGUCGAUAGUUUACGAAUAGACUUUGUAAACAGUGAGAAGUAAAGGAGAAACCGAAUAUUUACGAUCUGGCUGUGUUGACCUAAACGUCAAAAUGACUAUUCAGAAGAAAGGAAGCAAUACGAAAGGGAAGAGUAAAGGUGCGACGAAGAACGUCAGCGAAGUGGCCAGCACGUCCAGCACAUCCAGCACAUCAAAGACAGAUGCGGCGCGUAAGAGCUCGAUGGCCUCGAGCGUACAGUCGACCGAGGUCGUAUCGUCGACGAGCGUCGUCCAGGAGGCGAAGAACGUAGCCGAGAGCGAGUCCAGGAGUAGCGUCGUUGAGAUGAGCAGCGCGAGCCGUGAGGUCAUCAUGGACUCGAAGGGAAACGUCAUUAAAGUCAUUGAGCACGCGCCAAAGACAGUGAAGCAAGCCUCCUCGGCUUCGAAGCUAGGCAAAAGUUCACAGGAGUUCAUAGCCGGAGAACAGACACAGUCCUUCAAACAAGGAUCAUCCAGGAUCCUGGAGGGAACCGAUCGAUCGACGUCGUCAAAGAAUUUGAAAAGUCUUCAGGACUCUGGACGCUCCUCCAUAGCUCAGACUGGCCAGAGUGAAACUUCGGGUCAUUCCAGCAAAUCCCUACAGACUCAAAGACAAAGUCAAACUUCGUCUCAUUCCCAAAGUACGAAAAAGUCCAGCUCGUCCACCGCGUCGUCGGAACAAAUAAUCGAUGGAUCGGCGCCGAUUGUUCAGACCUCUUCCAAAUCGAGCGAGACCAGAACAUCGGACCAGGUCGCCUCACAAGGGGUCACCAAGGACGGACAGACUGUCAUGAGCACGACGAAGAUCCACGAGUCAGGUCAUAAGGUCGAUGACAAUGGCGUAGUCACUUCCAGCGACAGUCGAAGUAUCGACAGCCAGACCACCGUAACACCGGAAUCAGGAAGGUCAAAGGUCACGGAUGGUAAAUCGACAAUUGAAAACACCGGAGUCAGUCACAGUUCGCGUCAGGAGCUUGGAUCCGGGUCCAGCCUCACGGACAGCUCCAGAAGAAGCGUCGAUCAGAAUUCCAGCAACAUCGUUUUCGAGAAGACCAUCGUUGACAGCACCGGCAGGAAGGUCACCAGUGACAAGUCCGAUAAGGAAGUUCACGCGAGGCGUACCAAGCCAGGAGACUCGACCUGGGACGGGAAAUUCGUAUACGAGAGACCGACACCCACCAAGAGGAACGUCUCGGACUCUAAAGUCUUCCAGCAUCCUCAGGAGGAUUAUCGUAGGAGCCCUGGAAAAUCGGCAUCCAGUAACGUCCAGGAGAAGAGAGGAUCUUCGAGCAGUCAGACGAUCGAGAAAUCGUCCAAUGUGGAUGAACGCAGGUCCAGCUCCAGCGUUGUGGAAAAGUCAUCUUACGUGGACGAGAGACAAUCCUCCAGUACCGUCGUUCAGGAUAGCAGUGUUCAGGAUAGUACCGUCACGAGGAGCGUUGUCUAUGACUCCUCGGGCAAAGUGAUAAGCGAUACCACUGAUCACACAGAUGAGAGGAAGAUAGUGGAUCAACGUGAGGUUACAGGCACUGAUGAGGAUCGCAGACGUUACGGCAGACCUGGUGAUUCGUCCUGGGACGGGAAGUUUGUUUACGAGAAGCCUCUUGGCACCCAUAAAGGAAACGUAUCGGACGCGACUGUUUUCCAUCACCCUGGACAGGACAUGGUCGAGAGUACCGAAAGAGUUGACUCCAGAGAAUAUAGUCAGGAUGGUACCUAUGGAAAGGAAUCGUCCAGUAGGAUUCGCACUGCAAAAGGUGCGACGGACUCCACCAGCUUCAUAUCUCACGAGCGUAAGGACGUUAGCCACGAGAGCUACGUUCACGUUGACGAUGGAAAGGCGCAAGGUAAACCAGGUCCAUCAGGAUUACCAGCGGCAGGACGUCCUAGCAGACCUGGCGAUUCCUCCUGGAACGGACAGUUCGUAAUUGAGAAACCGCGAGAUGAUACAACGAAACGAACGACCGAUUCGACCGUCGUCAGGACGACGAGGAAGAGAAACGACUCCGUCGACGUGCAGGACGUCACCGAGGAGCAGAACGUCUCCGAGGCGGUAUCCGCUUCCUACAUCGUCGAAUACUCCACUAGUGGCGAUUCGAAGAACGUAGAGAAAGUGACUUCCGUCUCGGAGACGAUUCUCGAGGAGGAUGUCUCUGCUAAAAGACCCGUAGAGGGUGGUCCAGGUCUUUCCGGGUCUCCGGGAAAACCCAGAGACACGUUCCCAAGGAGUAGCAAACCUGGACAGUCCACCUGGGAUGGACACUUCGUAUACGAGAAACCUCAGACUCCGACGUUCGAUCGUCGGGGUCCUGGUGCUCCUCAGGAUUCGAUUUUACAAAAAACCGGUAGAAAAACCGGGCUGAUUGACAUUCGUGACGUCACCGAAGAUAAUUCGAUAAACGAGGCAGAAAUCUCAACGUCCUCUUACAUCGUUGAACAUUCCUCGAGUCAGCAAAGCUUCGCAGAUGCCAAGGACGUCAGCAUCUCGUCGGUGACGUCCGAGAUAAUUAUUCAGGAUGAUGGUCGUCCUGGGACCCCAAGAGGCGGACCGACAAGUGAACGUCAGGAAUCUCCCAAGGUUCGACCAGGAAGUCCUGAGAAGUUUCCACGGGAAAGAGACGUUAGAACUACCAAACCAGGAUCGUCUACCUGGAACGGAGCAUUUGUCACCGAAAAAGCUCAGGACGCAAAAAAGCCUUCGGAUUCAAAAAGACCCAGUGACGAUGCUAAGAAACCAUCGAGUAGAGGUCCGGCUGGUAAGCCAAGUCAACCGGGUACGCCAGGGAAACCUGGCAACGUCGUUACCAGGAAGAACGUGAGUGAUACCACUUUGGAUCUGACUGAUGACAUCAGGACGCUUGUUGAUAGCGAAGUUGUCAGCAAUUCCUUGAUAGUUGAGCAAUCGACUACCCACGAAAGCUAUUCAGACUCUCGAAACGUGGACUUUUCGACAACUUCGAAAGAAACUGUCAUCAUUGUUGACGGGCAACCAACUACCAGCAAGACCAUCACUAUCGAAGGCAGACCCGGAAGUCCCGAUUGGAAAGCACCACGUCCAGACGACAAGAGCGUACGACCUGACAAGCCUGGUUCUUCUACCUGGAAUGGGUCGUUCGUCACGGAGAAACCUGACGAACCAAGGAAACCAGCCGACAAAAGAGAACCGGAAGUCACGCACGUGGUGAAGAGUGUCAAGAUACGCGAACCGAUCCAAUCAACCGAUCACGUAACAUCGAUAUCAAUUUCUGAUAUAUCGAAAAAUCUGCAAAGUUCCUCUGAGGUUGUCAGCAGCUCCCACGUGGUCGAACAAUCAUCUCGCACAGAUUCGAAGACCUUGGGCUCGUCCAGCAUUUCCAAAAUCGUCCAGGAAAUACAAGAUGGUAAAAGACCAACUGAUGACGGUAGACCGGAAAGACCUGGCGAGGAGAUUUCACCGAGAAAGCCAGGUGGUCCUCAAGUUGAUAGAAAAUCGCCCGAAGGAAAAUCAGGAAGUCCCGAAAAGAGUCCUGGCGAUAGAUCGGUACGUCCGAGCAAACCAGGCUCCUCAACCUGGGACGGUUCGUUCGUCUAUGAAAAGCCUCAGGAUCAGAAGAAACCGCAAGACUCGAAACCCCAGGAUACGAGAAAGCCAAAGGACGAUGUUAUGAAACCAACUGAUAAGCGUCAUCCUAGCGAUACGAGCAAGGAUUACGUACCAAGGUCGAUCGAGCCAACCGAUUCCGUCGUGACGUUCACGUCAAAAAUCGAUAACGUCGAUCGGCAAAAUAUAGUCGACGUAACGGAUAUCAGUCACACGUCCGAAGUAGUUCAACAGUCGUCGUCCUACUCGGUCGAGCAUUCGUCUAGUUUCACGUCCAUCCAGGACUUCCGUGACGUCAGGGAAGAACACGUCAUCACCGACUUCACUGACAUACGUCACGAUGUGCGAGAUGUCAACCAAUCAACGAGAGAGUUCAUUGACAAAGAGCAGCUGACUAGUAUGGUAGCGCGAGAUGUCGUCGACGAAAACCGCUUCGAUAAGACCACCAGUACGGGACCAAGAACACCGGGUGAAUCACCGAGAAAGUCAUCACCCGAAGGACCCGGUUAUCCCCGUGGAAUUCCAGGACUCCGGGACGAUGAGAAACCGAAACCAGUUCCAGCUGCAGGGAAGCCGAGUCGACCUCAGCAACGUGAAGAUGCGCCGCAGAGACCAUCCGAAGGAGCUCCAAAGUCCAGAAGACCAUCCGAUGGCAGACCAUCUUCCCCAGACAAGUCUCGCGACUACGUAUCACCUGGAAAGCCGGUACCAGCGGCAGGGAAGCCUUCGCGGGUCGACGAGAAGCCUGCAGCUGGGAAACCGAGGCGUGCGGAUGAGAAAGCAUCCCCAGGAAAAGGACCACGUCCGGAGGAGAAGCCGUCAGCUGGGAAGCCAACCCGUCCCGAGGAAAAGAGACCGGCUGCUGGAAAGCCCAGCAGACCGGAUGACAAGGGCGCAGAAAAGCCGCGCCGUCCUGAUGAGAAACCCGGGAGACCUGGUGAUCAGAGCCCGGACUCACUGGACGGUGACAUCGUUACGCCCCUGGAGAAGAUCCCUACGCCCAAGGAUAUCCUCUCGAAGAUUCCCCUGAAGGAACAGUGCAUCUGCGAGCUGUGCACUUGCGGCCGCCACCGCUGUCCACAUAACUUACCCCAGGACCAUCUCGAAAUACCGCACGAGCCGGUCUAUGCGGUCAGCUCCUAUCGAGAGGAAUACGACGAGAAGCACGUGGACAGGCAAGUGACGUAUCGUCAUGAGGAUCAUCUGCACCUGGAGGGAGAGUUCAUCGGGGAGAGACGGACUGACUAUGUGGGACCACGUGGGGAGAGACCGCGUGCCGUGAGGCCACAUGACAAUCUCAAGCCAGAGGGUGAAUUCGUUAGCAGGCCUAAGGAGGAAGCGCCUAAGGGCGAGAGGGCGCCUGUUAGGAAGCCCCAGGAUAAUUUACGUCCCGAGGGAGAGUUCAUAGGUCGUCCUAAGGAAGAGGCACCCACCAGGGGUGACCGCGCGCCUGUCAAACGGCCAAAGGAUAAUCUUAGACCCGAGGGAGAUUUCGACAGUGUCACUACUACGGAACUGGUAUUUACCGGGGCACCCGGUGAACGACCUAGUCCCGUUCGUCGCAAUACUUACACGAAGGUCGAAGGUGAAUUCAUCGACGAGACUACCAGUCGAUCAGAAUACAUUGAUCAUCGCAGCAUCCAGCGGGCUGAGAUCGUUAGACGCACGGAUAAUCUCACUGUGGGAGAGGGAGAAUUCACGGGAACCUCCCAUGUCAAGGAAGAUUUUCAUACUCACGAGAUAGUCGAUCGUGAACCUCAUAGACGACAGACUUGGACCAAGGAGGAUAUUGACAGAUACUACGGAAGGACUGAUGUCAUUGAGAACGUCACUACGACGCAUGAAGAAUAUCGGAAUUUCGAUCAGACCGACUACAGGAAUACUAUUGUUAUCAGGAGAGAUGAUAACCUCAAGCCAGAGGGUGUUUUUGAGGGCACCCCAAAGUCUAGGGAAGAUUAUAUUCCUAUGAUAACUGAGAGGCCUGAACCACGAAGACCUAAGGAUAAUCUGAAACCUGAAGGACCUUUCGAGGGGAAACCAAAGGACGAUUUCUCGCCUAAGCGAGGGGAGCGCGCCGACGUCAAGAGGCCCCAGGAUAACUUGAGACCCGAAGGACUCUUUGAAGGAAGACCAAAGGAUGAUUAUUCGCCAAAAACAGCGGAACGUCCGGAAGUUCGGAAACCAAAGGAUAAUCUUCGUCCUGAAGGAAAGUUUGAGGAUCGUCCACGAGACUCUUACACUCCUGCAGAACGUCGUCAGCCAAUUAGACAACCUGACAAUUUGUAUCCCGAAGGAGAAUUUGAGAGACCCAAACCUGAACCUUAUGGACCUGGUGACAGGGCUCCUAUUGUUCGUCAUCCUGACAAUCUGUUCCCUAAGGGCGAUUUCCCUGAUCGAGAACGUCAGCCGUUUAAACCAGCUGAGAGAAGAACUCCUUUGAAACACGAUGAUAACCUUCGUCCUGAAGGUGACUUUGAGGGUCGCCCUAAGAAUGACUUUGGACCAAAGCGGGCUGAGCGCCCUGAGGUUAGACGUCCUGAGGAUAACUUAAAACCAGAAGGACCCUUCGAGGGAAGACCCAAGGAUGAUUUCAAGCCAACCAAAGGGGAACGAGCUGAUGUAAAGAAACCUAAAGAUAAUCUAAGACCCGAAGGACCUUUCGAAGGAAAACCCAAGGAUGAUUAUUCACCAAAAACAGCGGAACGUCCGGAAGUUCGGAAGCCAAAAGACAAUCUACGUCCUGAGGGAGAUUUUGAAGAUCGUCCACGGGAUUCUUACACUCCUGGUGAGCGUCGUCAGCCGAUCAGACAGCCUGACAAUUUGUAUCCUGAAGGAGAAUUCGAAAGGCCCAAACCCGAACCUUAUGGACCUGGUGACCGUGCUCCAAUUGUUCGUCAUCCUGACAACUUGUUCCCUAAGGGUGAUUUCCCCGACAGAGAACGUCAGCCCUUCCAGCCCGCAGAGAGAAGAAAACCAAUUAAACAUGACGACAAUCUUCGACCGGAAGGAGACUUCGAGGGUCGUCCUAAGAAUGAUUUUGGACCAAAACGAGCUGAGCGUCCUGAGGUUAAGCGUCCUGAAGAUAAUUUGAAACCGGAAGGGCCAUUCGAGGGCAGACCCAAGGAUGACUAUAAACCUACCAGAGGAGAACGUGCAGAUGUGAAGAAGCCCAAAGAUAAUUUGAGACCCGAAGGAACAUUUGAAGGAAAACCAAAGGACGAUUUCUCACCCAAACGCGCAGAACGACCGGAAGUUAAGAGACCGCAAGAUAACCUCAAGCCAGAAGGUCCUUUCGAAGGCAGACCUAAGGAUGACUUCUCUCCCAAGAAGGCUGAUCGACCAGAAGUCAAAAAACCAAAAGAUAACCUUCGCCCGGAAGGCGAAUUCGAGGAUCGUCCAAAAGAAAAGUACAGUCCGGGGGAGAAACGUACGCCCAUCAGACAUCCUGAUAACCUUUACCCAGAAGGAGAAUUCGAGAGACCGGAACAGGUACCUUAUGGACCUGGUGAAAGAGCACCAAUCGUUCGCCAUCCUGACAAUCUGUUCCCUGAAGGAGAUUUUCCUGACAGGGAACGUCAACCCUUCCAGCCAGCUGAAAGGAGAACUCCAAUUAAACAUGAUGAUAACCUUCGCCCCGAAGGAGACUUCGAGGGCAAACCUAAAGAUGAUUAUAGGCCUACGAAGGGUGAGCGUGCGGACGUUAAGCGACCUAAGGAUAAUCUGAGACCUGAAGGUGACUUUGAGAGACCAGAGAAAGCACCAGUUGGACCUGCUGAGAGAAGAACUCCUAUUAAGCAUCCUGACAAUCUGAAACCUGAAGGCGACUUCGAAAGACCGGAACAUGAGAAGUAUCGUCCAGCUGAACGGCCGGAAGUCAAGAAACCAAAAGAUAACCUUCGUCCUGAGGGUGAUUUUAUUGGACGUCCUAAGGAAGAAGCUCCUAAAAAGGGAGAGCGCGCUGAUAUCAAAAUACCAAAGGAUAACUUACGUCCUGAAGGUGAAUUCGAGAGACCCGAGAAAGCUCCGGUUGGACCUGCAGAAAGAAGAACACCCAUUAAACAUGCUGAUAAUCUUAAACCUGAAGGAGAAUUUGAACGCCCUGAUCAUGCGGAAUAUCGUCCCGCUGAACGUCCGGAAGCUAAGAAACCGAAAGAUAAUUUGAAACCGGAAGGAGAGUUCGAACGUCCUGAAAAGAAACCCGUAGGACCUGCAGAAAGAAGAACACCCAUUAAACAUGCUGAUAAUCUUAAACCUGAAGGAGAAUUUGAACGCCCUGAUCAUGCGGAAUAUCGUCCCGCUGAACGUCCGGAAGCUAAGAAACCGAAAGAUAAUUUGAAACCGGAAGGAGAGUUCGAACGUCCUGAAAAGAAACCCGUAGGACCUGCAGAAAGAAGAACACCCAUUAAACAUGCUGAUAAUCUUAAACCUGAAGGAGAAUUUGAACGCCCUGAUCAUGCGGAAUAUCGUCCCGCUGAACGUCCGGAAGCUAAGAAACCGAAAGAUAAUUUGAAACCGGAAGGAGAGUUCGAACGUCCUGAAAAGAAACCCGUAGGACCUGCAGAAAGAAGAACACCCAUUAAACAUGCUGAUAAUCUUAAACCUGAAGGAGAAUUUGAACGCCCUGAUCAUGCGGAAUAUCGUCCCGCUGAACGUCCGGAAGCUAAGAAACCGAAAGAUAAUUUGAAACCGGAAGGAGAGUUCGAACGUCCUGAAAAGAAACCCGUAGGACCUGCAGAAAGAAGAACACCCAUUAAACAUGCUGAUAAUCUUAAACCUGAAGGAGAAUUUGAACGCCCUGAUCAUGCGGAAUAUCGUCCCGCUGAACGUCCGGAAGCUAAGAAACCGAAAGAUAAUUUGAAACCGGAAGGAGAGUUCGAACGUCCUGAAAAGAAACCCGUAGGACCUGCAGAAAGAAGAACGCCCAUCAAGCACGACGAUAACUUGAAGCCUGAAGGUGAAUUUAUUGGACGUCCCAAAGAGGAAGCCCCGAAGAAGGGUGAGAGGGCAGACAUUAAAAGACCCAAGGAUAACCUGCAUCCCGAGGGAGAAUUUGAGAGACCCGACAAGAAACCUGUAGGACCUGUCGAGAGAAGAACACCGAUAAAGCACGCCGACAACCUCAAGCCUGAAGGUGACUUCAUUGGCAGACCAAAGGAGGAUGCGCCGAAGAAGGGUGAAAGGGCUGACGUCAAGAAACCCAAAGAUAACCUACGACCUGAAGGUGACUUCGAGCGUCCUGAGCACACUCCGGUUGGUCCUGCUGAACGAAGAACGCCUAUCAAGCAUCCUGAUAAUCUAAAACCGGAAGGAGACUUCAUUGGUCGCCCUAAGGAGGAAGCUCCGAAGAAGGGUGAGAGGGCUGACGUGAAGAAGCCUAAGGAUAACCUUAAACCCGAAGGUGACUUCAUUGGCAGGCCGAAGGAUGAUUACAAGCCUACUCGCGGUGAGAGGACAGAGGUCGUCAUCCACAAGGAUAACCUCAAGAUGGAGGGUGAUAUCGACACGUACAGGUCCAGGGACGAUUACAGUGCCACCAGGGUGGAGCGUGUUGACGUUAUUCGUCGAGAGGAUAACUUGAAAAUCGAGGGUGAGUUCGUAGAUAUCCGUCGCAGGGAUGACUACAAUGUAACUCGUGGAGAACGCACUGAGAUCAUCAGGCACGAAGAUAACCUCAGACCGGAAGGAGACUUCGAGAGACCAGAAAAGUCACCGGUUGGUCCUGCUGAGAGAAGGACCCCUAUUAGGCAUCCCGAUAAUCUUAAGCCUGAAGGUGAAUUCGUACGUAGACCCAAGGAGCAGGCACCUACGAAGGGUGAUAGGGCAGCCGUGAAGAAGCCCAAGGAUAACCUGAGACCUGAAGGUGAAUUUGAUAUACCUGAAAAGGCUCCAGUUGGUCCUGGUGAAAGGCGUACUCCCAUCAGACAUCCUGAUAAUCUUCAUCCCGAGGGAGACUUUAUUGGCAGACCCAAACAGGAAGCUCCUAAAAGAGGUGAACGUGCUGACAUUAAAAAGCCCAAGGAUAACCUCCAUCCGGAAGGUGAUUUCGAGAGGCCAGGAAAGAGUCCAGUUGGUCCUGGGGAAAGACGCAGUCCCAUCAAGCAUCCCGAUAACCUUCAUCCUGAGGGAGACUUCAUUGGAAGACCAAGAGAAGAAGCUCCUAAGAGAGGAGAGCGCGCGGAUAUUAAGAAACCUAAAGAUAACCUCCGUCCGGAGGGUGAUUUCGAAAGACCCAGUCCAAGUAAGGUCGGUCCAGGCGAACGUCGUACUCCAAUUCGUCAUCCUGACAACCUCAAGCCCGAAGGUGAAUUUCAGAGACCUACACCCGCGAAAUUCGAACCGUCUCAAAGGCAGACACCAAUACGCCACGAGGACAAUCUUCAUCCCGAGGGAGACUUUUACAUUCAGCCCAAGGAUGACUUCAGUCCUAAAAAGGGUGAGCGUGCUCCAGUUAGGAAGCCACAGGAUAAUCUCAAACCGGAAGGUACUAUGGAAAUAAGUCCUUCGUCGAAGGACGAUUACAAGUACAUCAACGGAGAACGCGUUGAGGUUCGACGUCAUGAGGAUAACCUGAGGAUGGAGGGCGAGAUAGACGUCAGACGUUCUAGAGACGAUUACAAGGAAAUUAAAAAGAUCGAAAGAGUGGAUAUCAGAAAGCGCGAGGAUAAUUUGAAAAUAGAGGGUGACUUUAUCGACGUUCGCCGAAGGGAAGAUUACACUCACGUGGUUGGCGAACGUGCAGCAAUCAAGAAGCAUCCAGACAAUCUUCGUCCUGAGGGAGAAUUCGAUAGGCCUCGUAAGACUGGUCCACUUGGUCCUGGCGAGAGAAGGAGCCCGAUAAAGCAUCCGGACAAUCUUUAUCCCGAAGGAGAGUUCGACAGAAGGUCACCGGACAAGGUCGGACCUGGAGAACGCCGUUCUCCAAUUCGCCAUCCUGACAACCUCAAACCCGAGGGAGAUUUCGUAGGGCGACCAAGGGAUGACUUCACGACAAAGAGAGCAGAGAGAACGGAAGUCGUCAGGCGCGAGGAUAACUUGAAGAUGACUGGAGAGUUCCAAGACACGACGUCUCAAAAGUCGACGUACACAGUUAUCCGCGGAGAGCGUGCUGAAAUUAAGAGACACGAGGAUAACCUCAAAGUGAACGCAGGUACCAUGGAGACCAAAACAACCUCCAGGGAUACGUUCACGCCGACCAGGAAGGAAGUUUCACCAGCUGGUAAACCCGUCAACAACAGACGUCACAUGGAAUCAUCCAUAUCACUUGGUGACGACACUUCCGUCAUGAUGACGACCAAUCAACGUAAUUACAACACAUACACGAAGCGUACUGGAAAGGAUAUCGCUGCCAAGAUAAGCAACCUAGAAUCCGAUAGCAAAAAGACUGUAGCCGUCGAUUCUAAAACAUUGGCUGACGGAUCAGUGGUUACCACAACCAAGACAACAACAACGACACACGGCGAGCAGCACAUCGCCGGUCAGACAGUUCAGCAACAACAACAGCGUAUCUCCAAGACGUCAAUCACCGACGGCCAAACGUCUCAAGACGCAACGCGCAGAUAUACCGCUGUGGAAAAUCAACGUCGCGUCAAGGAACAACACCUGAAAUCCAUAAACGAACAACAUUCGAAAACGCAAAACAUCUCGAACACGCGUCACGUGGUCGACAACCGUUCCAUCACCGACAUCAACCGUCACGCUCAUAACCAAAUAAUCCGCGAUGACGCAACAACGACCAGACAGGCUCUCGAAAGCAGGACAAGCAGCAGCCAAGAGGCGCACAGGCAGCAACAACAGCAACAACAGCAACAACAACAGCAGCUUCAAGAGAGCAGCCGCAGGGAUUACGUGAACAGUCAGCACGUCGAGAACCGUCAAAGCAGCUCAACCCGACAAAGCUCGAAGCACAGUCAGCACACGGUAUCGAGUCAAGCGCGCUACAACACAGGCCGCUCGAGCAGCAACGAAUUUCGCCAAGCAAUGAGCAAUCAGUCCGAUCAGACCAGUCAGAGUCGGCUGGAAUCAGCAACGAAGACCAGUCAUCACAGGAAGAACGUAAUAUCGUCAUCGUCGGCGGACGUGAGCAACUCCGUGUUGCACAGGCGGGGCGUGACGUCAUCGACCGAAGCACUCCACACGAUCUCGUCGACCGCGGCAGAUCAAAGAAAAAGCAUCUCCAACCUGGCCGAGAGUGGACAGUACAUCAGCAAUUCCAGCCAGAGCAGCGACAGGCGCAGCCUGACCUCCCUCCAUCGCAGCACCAAGGACGGGAAUCCUUGGGCUUCGUCCACCUACGAGCGACCUCAGCGAAUCGUUCGUCAGGACAACCUGACGGUCGGUGGGAAAUUCUACUCGCACAGCGAAGCCAAGAAUUAUGGAAACUUCGCAACUCAGAAAGUCGAGCGCGCCCAUCGGCAGUCUAACGUCUCUCAUAUUAGUCUGGGCGACGGCAGCAACGUUUCUUCCAGCAUGUACAAGAGGGAGUAUGUACCCAGACACAAGGGACCCUGUCCAGCUGCUCUGAUAGAAACGAAACAAGCGCCGUUCAAGCACACGCGUGACACACAGAAGCAUAAGUUUUACAUGCCGGUUGUUUCAAAUUGAUUUGGUUGUUGUAUGCUGGACGUUAUUGUUUAGCGAGAAUUGUGGGUGGCGGGGAGUGGAAAGAGAACAUGGCGAAAGAAAAGUCCCGUUUCUACCUGGACUGUGAUAAUCUGUGAUGCCUACGAACGACUAGAGAUGUAUCUUUUAGUAAUUAGGAUACGUUACGUUUACGCCUAUCAAGAGUAGUUGGGCCUAAUCGAUGGCGCCUAUAUGGUUGUUGAUUGUAAUCCUUUACGAUAUCUGGAUAUUGUACUGGCGUUACGUUGAAAUUUAUUUUCAUUUCAAUUUUAUAUUUAUAUAUAUACUAGAGAUAUAUACACUAUACUACAGAGGCGUAUAUAUAUAUACACCAUAAAAAUAUACAAUUAUAUCUACAUUGUCGAGAGCUUUGUGUUAUUCGUAUUACGCUGAAAAAAAAAAUGACAAUUUCUAAUGACAUUCGGGUGAUCAGUCGUCGUCGAUGUAAAGAAAAGGGACGAUGCUGUAAAUGAAAAAUAUGAUACCGCGUUUAAUUUCUGUCGUAUCACGAGUAUCGACUUCUCGUAAUUCUCCUCCCGCAGUCAAAGCGGCGAAUAUUGACGAAAGUUUAGGGUUCAUUUUCACAUUAAGCCACGUGUAUUACGAAGCAAUAACUAGAGCUUAAAUAUCCGCGAUAAGGUCGACCUGGACCACGAGGUCUUGGUGAAUCGAUGCCCAGCUUACCAUAUAUAGUCAAGCCACACUUCUUUUUAUAUAGCAUAAUCGAGCAUUCACCGUACUUCGUAUUAUGCAAUGUUAUUGCCACCCUAUGCUAUAUAUGAAUUUACGUUUUUUUUUUUCGUUUCCGUUUUAUAUAUAAAUGCACAUGAAUACACAUGUGACUUUUUUUGUUUCCAGAUACUUUAUCGUACCCCGCAUUUCCUUGUUGGCGUAACGUUUAAUUAACAGUUGCCCGGUAGCGCCGUUUCGCAAUAUUAAUUUUUGUUAAGGCUUAUUUUUGUAUUUUAUACCAGAGACAAUAUAGACGCAUCGCCAAUGGACGCACGUACGCGCCUACAUAAAUAUAUGUAUAUUUACUCGUUACUCCGUUGAGAAUUAAUAUUUCUUCUUUUAAUACUGUCACGUAUUAAGAGUUUUGUUAACAAGCUUUUUUUUUGGUUUAUUUACUUGUAUCUCUCGCUGAAUAAAGGAAUUUUCCUAAC